AUGCCGUCUUCCCGGGCCUGCAGGGCGGUUCCACAACCACACGAUGGGCAGCCUUGCUGUGGCGCUGAAGCAGGCAGCCUGCCCUGCUUUCAAGGAGUAGCGGCAGGUGGUGGCCGCCAGCCGGGGUCUGGCAGGGCGGUUGCCGGAGUUGGGAUCCACCCUGGUGUUGGGGGGGGGGGCGUCAACCACCUCGCGCUCGUCGGCCUGCGACCAAAUGGCACUGACGGCGCGGACAUGAAGAAGGUACUGGAGCGGUUGUCCAUCAUGCUGAACAAGAACAGCGUGCCGGGGAAGAAGAGCGCUCUCACCCAGGGGGCCGGAACUCCACUGCAGGGCAUUGCCGGACUGGCCGCAGGAAUUGUCAGGGAUGCUUUUGGCACCCGAUGCUGA